AUGAAAGCAACUGCAGUGCUUGGGCAAAGGGAGAAAAGCCCAACCGGAUGCAAACAGUCGCUUCGGAAUGACUCUUCCAGACGCCAACGUGUCCUUAAAGUCUUCUCCGUCUACGGCGUGUUCUGGGCGGUCGGCGGUCGCUAUGCGGGUCGGAUUCAUGCUCGUCACAAGAGGGCAUUCUUUGCCUCUUCAGGAGCCCCGUUUGGGUCGUUCCAACUCGAGUUGCGAGUGCUUAGCGCCAGCUUCUACAAGACGGUCUCUCUUUUCGUCUCAUUCAAGAGAUCUGUCAAGGCAGAAUUGUACGCAAGUCACCCUCAAAAGGCAUUGUUGGUGUGCAAAUCGGUCACUUUCAGGCCCAUGACUCGAGUCCCGUCGAGCCGACGACGCUGCGAGGUUGAAGCGGCAGUUGAGGCAGGAGAAGAACGGCCCUUUGAGAUGCAGCAAAGGGCGGAUCUCGAGUGUUCGCUUAAAUUGACGACCCAUCGACAAUAUGUCGAAUUAGUCGGUUCUGAGACGGUUCGGUAG